CGGUGCGGCGAUUGCAGUCUGCGAAGUCGUUGCUUUACCGUUUAAACGGCCGAAGACGCGUUAGGGUACCGUACACAUUUAAAGCUCUGAGAGGUUAUUUAUUGCCCGCCUCUUUCUAAAAGCCUCUCGUGCGUGAGCGACUGUUGAUCCGGUUAAUGCGCGCGCUCUGUUACCGUCCCGGGUAAACGAGUUUUAGUGUAGGUGCAAGUCGCAGCACUGAAAUGUUUGUUUAGUGCAUUCAGGGUGAGUUAGUUCAGAACUGAAAAUCGGGUUAGUUUGAAAUUACUGGUGUGAUCGGUUGUGAUAGGUAGUUCAGCUCUAAAUCACUGUAUAUAGGUGUUGGGUUCGUGCUAAUGUAGUUUGUUCAGACUGAUAUCACAGGUGUGGUGUGUUGGGUUAGGUUAGGUUUGGUUUAGUUCAGGUUUGAAUCGUAGGUGUGUUUCUGCUGUGAUGGCUAAAGGCGAGUGGAAAAGAUCAGGCACGGAUGAGGUCCCGUUAACCGGCCGCACGGAGUGUGAGGUGUUUGAUGACGGAACCAACACGUUCUUCUGGAGGGCACAUACCCUGACAGUGCUAUUCAUUCUCACCUGCGCUCUAGUUUAUGUGACACUAUUGGAAGAGACGCCACACGAUACAGCAUACAACACCAAAAGAGGAAUCGUGGCCAGUAUUCUGGUAUUCCUUUGUUUUGGAGUGACACAAGCUAAAGAUGGUCCAUUCACACGGCCUCACCCAGCAUACUGGCGUUUCUGGUUGUGUGUUUCUGUUGUGUAUGAGCUCUUCCUUAUCUUCAUCCUCUUUCAGACUGUACAUGAUGGCAGACAGUUCAUGAAAUACAUCGACCAAAAAUUGGGCGUCGCACUUCCAGAAAGAGAUUAUGGGGGAAACUGUCUCAUUUAUGACCCUGGAAAUGCUGCCGACCCCUUCCACAAUAUCUGGGAUAAAUUGGAUGGUUUUGUUCCUGCCCAUUUUCUCGGCUGGUACAUCAAGACACUGAUGAUCCGGGACUGGUGGAUGUGUAUGAUCAUCAGUGUGAUGUUUGAGUUUCUGGAGUACAGCCUUGAACACCAACUACCCAAUUUCUCAGAGUGCUGGUGGGAUCAUUGGAUCAUGGAUGUGUUAUUGUGUAAUGGGCUGGGCAUUUACUGUGGCAUGAAGACACUCGGCUGGCUCUCCAUGAAGCCGUAUCAGUGGCAGGGCCUCUGGAAUAUCCCAACAUACAAAGGAAAAAUAAAGCGAAUUGCCUUCCAGUUUACCCCGUACAGCUGGGCGAAGUUUGAAUGGCGUCCUGCGUCUGAUCUGCGAAGGUGGUUAGCGGUGCUGGGCAUCAUCUUCAUGUUCUUGUUGGCGGAACUGAACACGUUUUAUCUCAAGUUUGUUUUGUGGAUGCCUCCGGAACAUUAUCUGGUGCUUUUGCGGCUUGUCUUCUUCGUGAAUGUGGGCGGUGUGGCGAUGCGAGAGAUCUACGACUUCAUGGAUGAUCCGAAAUUCCAUAAGAAGUUGGGGCAGCAGGCAUGGAUCGUGGCAACCAUCACUGUUACGGAGUUUCUGAUCGUGGUCAAAUACGAUCCCAACACUAUCAUGUUGCCAAUCCCGUUCUUUGUCACACAGUGCUGGAUACUGGGAAUUGUCCUGAUACUAAUUUGGACCUUGUGGCGGUUCUUCAUCCGUGACAUCACACUCCGCUACAAAGAAACACGGCGCCGCAGGCAGGAAGGGUCUUCGGAGCGAGAAAGAGCCCCUGCGAACACUGAAAGCAAUAGCGGCAAUUCAGCCACUUCAGGCCGCAGCAAACUGAACAGCAAUACGGACACAGUCCGACACCGGAAGUCCUGAAAAAUCAUUCCACCACAUAGACAAACAGCUGUGGGCUGCACAUUGCGACUAGACACACAUUUAUGUAUAAAUGUGUGUUUGUUUUUAACCUUCUGUUCAGAUCGUACCAAUGCUCACAGUGUCUGAGUGACGUCCAGAUGGGUUGAUGCCAAUUGUUUUCUCUCCUGAGUAGGAGGGUUGUACUAUAUUUAGAAAAGAAAAGCUCUAUAGCUGUUACAUUGGUACCUACUGUACCUGCUGUUUUGGGUUUAUUUUUGUUAAUUUGGUGCUAUGCAGGAAGACGCAUUUCGACAGAUUUGGAACACUAGUGAACUAAAGGUGGAGGAUGUGCACAUAUUGCCAUCAAUUAAUAGAAUAAUGUUCUUCUUUUUUUACUUUUCGGUUUACUUGGGGACAAUUUCAGAUUAUGGGCAACACAUAGCUGCACUCAAAAGUACUUCAGUAAGAAAUCUCAGAAUGCUCACAUUAGCUAUGACACUAUUUAAAAAAGCUUUUGUAAUAAUUAAUCUGACCUGUUUUAGGAUGAUAAAGGAGGUUACUGUUCCAGUCAUAUAUGAACGCCACACACACUCAGAGGAGAGAACAAUCCUUCUUUUUAAGGUGGGUCAGUGCCAAGACUGGACCAAAAUAAUAACUACUUUACUGUGUGUGUGUGUGUGUGUGUGUGUGUGUGUGUGUGUGUGUGUGUGUGUGUGUGUGUGUGUGAGAGAAAGAGACCAUUAUAGCCAAAACCUUUCUCAUAUUUUUCAUGCGGGUCUGUGGUUCUGACUUUCAGGGCCACAUUAUAACUUUGAGAAAGCCAAACAUCAGUGCGUAUUUGCAUAUUGAGAUCAUGGUUGCUUGGCUGUGUUUUAGGUUAUGCAAUAAAAAGAACUGAUAUUAAUCCCAAAGUGUAUGCGUUAAUUGUAUAGAUGGUCUAAAUGUGUGUCUGGCCACAGUUGGUGGGUUGUGUGCUUUGUGUUGUCAUAGUGUGUGUCUGUGUUCAGUUAGAUAAUGUGCAAGUCCAAAAUAGCCUGGUCUGAUACGCCAUUAUAAGCUUACAAUAAAUGUAAACGUGUAGCGCCGAUGUCUGAGCUGUUAUUGUUUCUUAUAUUACUAAAGGUGUUUAGGGGUUUGUUUUUAUUUAUGAAAUAAAUGGUUCUCAUCCAUAUUAUGACCAGAAUUAUUUCUCCAUGUUGCUCUCUCUGAAAUACUUGUAGUGGGACCAUCCAUUUGAUGAUCUGUCUGCCCCUGCUUGUUGUUCACAGACUAUUGAAAAAUGUAACUGAACAACUAGAAUGUCAUAUUUUGUAAUUUUUUUUCAAUAAAAGAAGUUGGAAAAUG